AUGGUCAAGGAAAUCGUUAUCGACCGACCUAUCCUCAACAUUGGGUGCACCCUCGGAGAAGGUUUGCCACCCCCGCCGUGCCCCGUAUGCCUCGCCGUGCUGAGGCAGUGGCUAGGUCCGCUUUAUGACUCUGAGACGGGAGUGUUGCAUUUUGUGGAUAUCAACGAAUGCAAGAUUCUCCACUACAACACGGUGACCGCCGAGGUCAAGAUCGACAGUUACGAACAGAAGAUAGGCUGUCUGGCGGGUGCCGCCGCCGAAGGAUUCGCACUCUUUGAACAAGGUGGCGGCAAGAUACAAUACAUCUCUCGCCCUCUCCCUUCCGAGUUUCUCCCAUACACCCGCUUCAACGACGGCGCUUGUGACAGCAAAGGCCGUUUCUUUGCUGGCACUGUCUACGACAAGGCCCGAGGGAUUCCGGGGCAGCUUUGGAGAUUCGAUCCCAGUGACGGGAGUUGCGUGUUGGCUGACCCCGGACCAUUUACGGAUGGGAAUGGUCUGGGUUGGAGUCCCGAUGAAAAGACGUUCUAUUUCACCGACUCGAGAGCCAACAUUAUCUUUGCUUACGACUGCGACGACGGCAACUUAUCCAACCGGCGCGUUUUUAUAGACGCCAUGGCCCUGGGAUUGCCGAAGAAUUCCUACUGUGAUGGUCUUUGUGUAGAUACUGAAGGAUAUGUGUGGAGUGCUCGCUGGGGAGGCUCCAGCAUAACUCGCAUCUCCCCCUCAGGUAUCAUUGAUCUCGAGGUUCACUUCCCGACCGUCUUGAACGUCACAUCAUGUGCGUUUGGAGGGCCUAACAACGAUCAGUUGUACGUUACGUCGGCGCACUGCAAGGCGAGUGGAGAGGAAGAAAGACAACCACAAUUCCCCGAUUCUGGCCAUCUGUUUAAGGUCGAUCUGAGUGGGCAAGCUGUGAUUUCUGAUAAACAAUAUCAAGGUGUCCCGCGCUACAAGUUCGGCGCCUAG